AGUCCAAAAAGCCGAAGGAGCGGCGCGGGGAGCGGAGCCGUGCGGAGCCAUGGGGCCGUGCGGGGCCCUGGGCUGGGGGCUGCUGCUGCUGCUCAGCGCCGUGUGCGGGGCGGCGGGCGAGCCACACUCCCUGCGGUACAUCCACACCGGGAUGACGGAUCCCGGCCCCGGGCUGCCCUGGUUCGUGUCUGUGGGGUACGUGGACGGCGAGAUCUUCGUGCACUAUGACAACAAUACGCGGAGGGACGUGCCCCGCACCGAGUGGAUGGCGGCCAACAUGGACCAGCAGUACUGGGACAGACAGACGGAGAUCUCACAGAGGAAUGAGCAGAUUUACCGCGGGAACCUGAACACGCUGCGGGAACGCUACAACCAGAGCGGCGGGUCUCACACAUUGCAGUGGAUGUCGGGCUGUGACAUCCUCAAGGACGGCACCACCCGGGGGUAUCAUCAGGUGGCGUAUGAUGGGAGAGACUUCAUUGCCUUCGACAAAGACAUGAAGACGUUCACUGCGGCAGUUCCAGAGGCAGUUCCCACCAAGAGGAAAUGGGAGGACGAUGGGAGCAUUGCUGAGGGGUUGAAGAAUUACCUGCAGGAAACCUGUGUGGAGUGGCUGCGAAGAUACAUGGAACAUGGGAAGGCAGAGCUGGGCAGGAGAGAGCGGCCCGAGGUGCGAGUGUGGGGGAAGGAGGCCGACGGGAUCCUGACCUUGUCCUGCCGCGCUCACGGCUUCUACCCGCGGCCCAUCGUCGUCAGCUGGAUGAAGGAUGGCGAGGAGCAGCACCAGGACACCCAGACGGGGGGCAUCGUGCCCAACAGCGACGGCACCUACCACACCUGGGUCACCAUCGAUGCGCGGCCAGAGCACAGGGACAAGUACCAGUGCCGCGUGGAGCACGACAGCCUGCAACCGGCCGGCCUCUACUCGUGGGAACCAUCAAAGCCCAACCUGGUCCCCAUCGUGGUGGGGGUGAUCGUCGCCAUUGUGGCCAUCGCCAUCGUGGUUGGUGUUGGGUUCAUCAUCUACAGAAGACAUGCAGGGAAGAAAGGGAAGGGCUACAACGUUGCCCCUGCCCAGGAUGGUGGAUCCAACAGCUCAGCCACAGGUGCACACCGGGACUCCCCACCCUGA